AUGUCGCACCACAGCGACGAGCAGGCGCUGCUGACGGUCACCUCGGACUCAUUCUGGGAGCCGGGGAACUACAAGAGGACUACCAGGAGGAUAGACGACGGGCACAGGCUGUGUAGCGAACUACAGGCCCUGGUGCAGGAGAGAGCUGACAUCGAGAAGACAUACGCCAAGAGUUUGAGAGGAUGGGCCAAGAAAUGGAAUGAUCUCAUUGAAAAAGGUCCAGAAUAUGGUACUAUGGAAGCAGCUUGGAAAGGCGGUAUGGUUGAGGCUGAGAGGCUGUCAGACCUACACCUCAGUGUCAGGGAUAGACUGGUGAAUGACGUCAUAGCACAGAUCAAGAACUGGCAGAAGGAUACCUAUCAUAAGUCAAUGAUCCAGCUCAAAGAACGGAAGGAAAUGGAUGAAGCGUUCAAGAAGGCUCAGAAGCCGUGGGCCAAGUUGCUACAAAAGGUGGAAAGGACGAGGUUGGAGUAUCACACGGCCUGCAAACAGGAGAGGACCGCGCAGAACCAGGAGAGAAACGCUAGCGGAGAUAGCUCAUUGAGUCCCGAUCAGCAGGUGAAGAAGAUGGCUGAGCGAGUGUCCAAGUGUCGUGACGAUGUAGCUAAGAACCGUGACAAGUACCAAGCGGCGCUCGCCGAGAUAACGUCCUACAACCCUCGCUACAUAGAGGACAUGACCGGAGUGUUCGACCGGUGUCAGCAGAUGGAGGCGCAGAGGCUGUCCUUCUUUAAAGACGUGCUGUUCAGCUUCCACAAGUGUUUGGAUAUAAGCAAGGAACCCACAUUACCACAAAUAUACGAAGAGUUCCAUCACACGAUCAACAACGCUGAUCACGGCAAGGAUCUCAAGUGGUGGGCGAACAACCACGGGGUCAACAUGGCCAUGGCCUGGCCGCAGUUCGAGUUGAGUCAUACGAUGCUUAUACCAAUAUUGAUAGCUUACGGCAUUGCAGCAAGCUUACUCAAACAUAACGACUUACGUAACGAGACAACCAAGGAGUUCUUAAUGUAA